UUCAUUCAUUAGUAAAGUGUCAAAAAGUUGUGAUUUAAGUUUGCACGAAUAUUUUUUAUUAAAUUUAUUGUUUAAAGCGUGAUAUUUCACACAAUCUUACGGCUUUCUAUCGUUAAGUUUACGUUUCAAUAUUAUAGGCUGUUAAACUUUGAAGUAAAUUUUAUAUCGUGUAUGUUUACAUAAACCAAGCACCAAGAUCGAAUAAUGAUUUGAAUCACAAUGAAAGCGCAUAUAAAAUAGCUAGAACUAAGCGAAGUGUGAAGAAUAUCGGGAGUGCACAGUAGUAGUUUAAGUGUGGUGGUGCGGAUAUGGCAGACAGCGGUUCUUUUGUCGCGAAACCGGUGCGAGGUUGGCUUCACCCAGAUGCUGUGCUCGCCACCGACGGGGUGACAUAUGCGGUCCGGUACAUCGGUUGCAUGGAGGUGCUGACUUCCAUGAAGAAAUUAGACUUUGAAACAAGGUCCCAAGUUGCCAAAGAAUGUAUAGCUCGAGUGUGUGCAGCAGCAGGUCUGCGAUCAGCAGAUAAAAAGAGAAGAGUUUGUCAAGCGGCAGCCCGGGCCCUGGCACAACGGCCUCGCAUGUCCCACUCCGGAGCCAAUGUCGCACUCACAGUAUCCUCCAAAGCCAUAACUCUAUCAGAAUUGGAAGGCGGAGAGACAGUAGCCAGACACGACAUGCCCAGAGUGUCCUUUGCAUCAGGAGGAGAUUCCGACUCAUUAGACUUUGUAGCAUACGUAGCUAAAUCUGCACCACCAACGGAAUGGAGAGCAUGCUAUGUACUAGAAUGUGGUGGGCGGUUGGCACAGGAUGUAAUUGCGACAAUAGGACAGGCAUUUGAAUUGCGUUAUAAAGAAUUUUUGACGAAACCUUCAACGUUGAAUAUAAAUGGGUCCCGAGGGGCUUGCUCCGGGGACGAAGCGUCGUCGUCGGUGCCGCUGGACGACCGCGACUACUACAACGACAUGCCCGACAAGAUGCCGCCGGACGCCGCGCCCGCGCACCGCCACCCGCCGCCGCCGCCCCUCGCCGCUCUGGCGCCCUUGUCCUCGUGCGAGGAGAGCGUCAGACACUACGUGAACCAAACGCCGCCGCCGCGGACCCCGCCCACUGCGCUGUUACCGAACCACCACACAGAUAUCUUCGAUAUGCAACCGUUCACCGCGACCCCCGUGACGUCAUCGGCGCCGUCGUCGUCCACGGCAUCUGUAUCGUCGCCCGCCGCGGACGCCGAGCCGCUGUCGCCGCAGGCGCAGGCCGCGCUGCUGGCUAAGGAGCCCUGGUUCCAUGGACCUAUCUCCAGGUCCAGAGCCGAGAAGCUGGUGGUCGAGGACGGCGAGUUCCUAGUCCGCGAGAGCACGGGCUGCGCCGGGCAGUUCGUGCUGACGGGCGCGCGCCGCGGCGUGCACAAGCAUCUGCUGCUCGUCGACCCCAACGGAGUGGUGCGAACAAAAGACAGCGUGUUCGAGAGUGUACCACACCUGAUCAAGUACCACUGCAGCAACGAGCUGCCCAUCGUAUCGGCUGAAUCCGAGCUGCUUCUACGCAAGCCUGUGCCGCGCGUAUAAGCCCCGCCUCCCACGCCGGACCAUCCGAUGACGUCACGACGCUUGCCGCCGCCGGAACAUCCGAUGACGUUGAAUAGGUACACUAUAUUUUACCGAUAGUAGCCAUCUUAUUUUCUGAUAGUGGUCAUUAUGUAUGUCAAACAUACAUAAUGAUCAAAAUUCUUACCAACAACACCAACAUACUUCUCUUUUAACAAGAGCUGUUCUCUUGUUGCUCCUUAACGCCGCGGUAUCUCGAUUUCAUUUUAAUGGUCGGUGUCGUGAACCUACCUAUUCGAAUCGGUAAUUUGACAUCUGAACACA